AUUCGUUUUACCUUUCAUUUAAUUUUUUUUAUCAUUACAAAUUAAAUUUACUGCGUUUCGAGUGCGUCUUUUGAUCAAAUCCUUUGAUUUACUCUUUGGUAACAACAAGACGAGCAAAUCACUUCUUUUGCAUUUACAUUUUAAUUUAACUAUUAUUUUUUUAAUCAAACCCGGUUGUAUCAUUAAUAAUCAACAAUACAAUUGUCUUUAAUCAACUUUCCCUAAGGUUGAUCAGAAGGAAACAACUUUAUAAUCAACUGAAGUUUCAACUAAUUAUGAAAAUUUGCAAAAUUUUAUCUCUCUUUUUGAUUCUUUGUGGCAACAUCAUUCCAAGAGUUUUAAGUGAAAAUUCAACCAAUAAAUAUGUAAAUUCAACUUUAAUAGAUAGACAAAUUCAUCUUAUAACUUCAGGAUUUUCUAGUGUAUUUUGGAAUUAUAUAAUCAAUUCAGAUAAUUCGUUGGAUAAUGUUUCAAACCAAUGUUCAUCUCAUUUGAAUAAGCUCAUUGAAUCAUCAUUUAAAGGUCAACCCUCGGCAUUCAAAUUUUUGUCGUUAUCUGGAUCUCAACCCAAUAACUUUCUCGAUGGAAACUAUGCCGCUUUUGGUUCUUAUGAUACAUGUCUCAGCUUUUCAGCAUUUUAUGAUAACAAAGAUGAUCGAACAAGUGACCAAAAUGCUAAAGGACAAUAUUGUUUAACAUCGUUUGAACCUGAUUUGUCCAUAAAUGGUCAAAUCCUUGGUCAACUAUAUCCUCACUAUUUUGAUUCAAAAUACAAUUUUACAAUUAAAGUUGGUUUUUGUGUUCCUUCAGUUUGUUCACAAAAUGAUGUUCAACAAAUAAUAACUCAAGCUUUUCAUGAUUAUUCAUGGAGAUUAGUUGAUGUCCAUUCCUGCGAUGUUAAAACCAAUUUUCUUGAAAGACUAAUGUCAGCAAGUCAAGUACAACAAAUUUUAUUCUGGCUGUUGGUUGGUCUAGUCUGUAUUGUCGUACUGGGAACUUGCAUAGAUGCAAAAAACCAAGCCCAGGAAAAAUCAUCUCUUUUCUGGAUCCAACAAUUUUCAGCGAUCAAAAGUGUCAAAAGUCUUUUCCAUAAAACGGACCCAGAAUCACGAAUACCAGUUCUGGAUGGCAUACGAUUGUGGGUAUUAAGUUCUGUUUUGACUAUCCAUGCUGUCAUGUGGCACACUAUUAUAAAUGCAUCUUUUCUUAUGGAGGACUAUGAGUACUUGAAGGAAUUGCCUUCAAAAAUUUAUUCGCAACCCUUCAUUGAUGACUGGAUAGUAGAGGGUCUAUUUUUUCUUGGUGGUGUGAAUGCAGCGACGACUCUGUUUAGGAAAAUGAAACCCGAAACACCAGUUAGUGAAUAUUUGAAAUCCAUAUUCCGUCGAGCUGCUCUAUUGGUUCCUAUUUUGCUCCCAGCAAUGGCAAUAGAAGUCAUUUUACCACUUUUUGGAUCUGGACCAAUUUAUCAAUCAAUUAACCAAUACAGAGCAAAUAUUUGCGUGAAUAAUUUUUGGAGGACCAUAUUGCAUAUCCAGAAUAACUCUCAUCCAUUACAAAUUUGUGCAUCUUCGACUUGGUCACUUGCAGUUGAAUGGCAACUCUUUGCAUUGGCUUGUAUUUUGGUUUACAUUUAUAAACGCAACUAUCGUUUAGGACUAACACUCAAUAUCUUAACAGUUAUAUUUGGAUUAUACCGAGUUAUUAUGAUUUUCUUGAAUAAUAAUCUCAUUGUUAAUAUAUUUGUGAUUACAAAAGGUUUCAGGGAUACCAUGCACCGGGCUGAGCAUUAUUACAUUUCAACUGAAGCUCGUAUUUGUUAUUAUUUCUGUGGCAUUUUAAUGGUUGUCAUCUUGGCUGGUAAUUACGAAGCUAAGAUCAAACAGAUGUUCCCUAAUGACAAAAUAUGGGUUUAUGCGUUAUUGCUAUUCACAUUAUUAAGUUCAUCCCUUUGGAAUUGUUUUGGCAUGAAAAUUGGAACCAUCACUACAGUGAUUUAUAUUUGUUUAAGUAAAUUUACUGUCGCUUUGUGGUGCUUUUCAUUCUUGCUGCAUCAUGGAAGAAGAUUUAGAUUAUUUCUGGCGCAAUCAAAAUCGAUUGAUAUGUACAUUUACCCGGAAGAGCGUGAUCCACAAUUUUCAACUCCUAAUAAGGAUACCAUUGCCAUAUUAAAUAAUAACUCAGAAUUGUUGGACAAAACGGAGAUUAAUCGAAACCAUAGUUCUAAGAUAAGAAAAGUUGACCCAUUAGAGUUUAUUGUAAGAGUAACAAGACCUGCUUUCUUUGUACACUCCGUUGUUUAUGCCUGGUACUUCACAAGUUUACGAUCGUCUAUUCCGUCUAAUUUAUUUGGUUAUGUCAUCCAAAUAGUUUCUUUGAUAACUUUGACGAUAUUUUUUGGUUUCUUCUUCCAUAUUCUGGUAAUUGGUCCCGUUGAAAGAAUCAACUACAUUUCAUCAAAGAGAAAAAUUAAAGCCAAAACCCAUUCUUCGUAAGCGUUUAUCGUCGAUCUAGUAUUUAUUGUAAUGGUGACUUUUAAACUGACUUUAGUUUGUUUGUUUGUUAUAAUUACAAUUGUUUCUAUCAAUUUCUUAAUCACGUUCAAUUCUUGGUAAAACAGAUUCAACUCAAUCCAAACUUGUAGAUUGUUAUAUUGAGUAGUCUUAGCUAAGAUUGCUCAGGUCUUUGAGACACAAGGUUGAUAAAAUUUCGUACAAUGAUCUUUGAAUCGGAAUGAUGAAGAUGAUGAUACUGAUUGUAUACUAAUAGUGUGAAUAAGCUAAUUUAUUUCAAGGUACUCUCAUUUCCUGCAUGUACCCUUGAUGCGGCCUUAAGUUUGUAUUAAAGUCAGGUUUUCAAUCAGAUUACCUUAACGAACCUUCAUUUGCAUCUUUAUUUGAUUAAAUGCUCAAUUUAACUCAAGGCGAUUUACUCGUCUUAACGGUGAUUUUCAGAUCGAUUAAUGCUCAUAAGUUAGAUAUCAUCGGAUUCGGUGAACAUAAGAAAAGAUUAAAACAAAUGCUAAUGCGGAAUGGAACAACAUCCCUGAAGGUUUAUUAAACCAUUGACAAACGGACUCUAAAUCAUUUCGUUGGACAUCUGAUAAUUUCGUUAAUUGCGUUUUUCAAUCAAAUCCACCAAUUUCCUUUUUAAUAAAUCAAUGAAAAAACCCUUCUCAUUUGCAUCCCAUUAUGUAUUCAUUUCAACUCUUUUUAUCAGUAAUAAUAAACACUUCCAAUCGUUCAA